GGAAACGACAUGCGAACGCAGCGAACCUCCCUGCCAAUGUGCUUUGUAUUGAGCUGAUAAGUCAUCUGCGUGCUCUGUAUUGAGCUAAUAAAUCAGCUGCGUGCUCUGGAUUGAGCUGAUCAAUCAACCAUCUCUGCAACUUGUCUUGAAAGAAGAGACGCAAAUUCACGCAAUGCCGCUCAUUGCAGUUGCCCAACUCUGCAGCACGCAUCACAUCAAGACCAAUCUGCUACAAUGUACGCGUUUGGUAGAGGCGGCCAAAGCUCGAGGAGCUCGCUGUAUCUUUCUGCCUGAAGCAUCUGACUUCAUCGGGCACGAUUCGAAAGCGGCCUUUAGCUUGACAGAUAGUCCCGAGUGUGCGUCUUUUAGACAAUCGAUGCGUCAAUUGGCUCAGCGAUGCAAAAUUGAUAUCAAUGUCGGUUUACAUGAGCGACAUAUUGAUACUCAAGGCAUAGCAACGAACAAGCUAUCGAAUGUACUGACUUGGUUCUUCGGAGAUGGUCAAGAGCCCAUUGACUACAGGAAAUUACAUCUCUUCGAUGUAGACGUACCCGGUGGUCCUGUCGUCAAGGAAUCAGCAUGGACACAACCCGGCCAAGCACCUAUCCCACCAAUCGACACAAGUAUCGGUCGCGUUGGCCUUGCCAUUUGUUUUGACUUGCGCUUCCCGGAACUCGCUGCACAUCUUCGUGCACAAGGUGCACAGAUUCUCGUAUACCCCUCUGCCUUUGCAGUCAAGACGGGACAAGCGCAUUGGGAGGUCUUAUUGCGUGCUCGAGCUAUUGAUACUGGCUGUUUUGUGAUUGCAGCGGCACAGUGUGGUGCACAUAAUGAAAAGCGACGGAGUUUCGGGCAUGCUAUGGUGGUGGAUCCGUGGGGCGAGGUGAUUGCACGGAGGGAGGGAGAUCUAGCAGACGAGGAAGGUCUAUUAUUUGCAGAGAUUGACUUGGACCGUGUCGAGCAAGUUAGACGGGCUUUGCCACUAGCGCAUCGAACAGAUAUCCAAUGGACGCGGUGAUGAGCAUGGCAAAGGGGGAGUCGUCUCGAUUGUGUAUGAGUACGGAAGGGAAGUCAAAGUCAUAGGGACACGCUAGCGCUUCGCCAAAAGAAAAGUUGUUCAUAAAGAACGAAAGAAUAGAGAGUGUCGUUG